GGCCUGACGGAAGUGGCGUAGCGGCAGGGAGGGGUUCUUCACCCUGUCCGGCAGCUGAAGCUCGGCGCUUGGGUUACCCCUGCAGCGACGCCCCCUGGUCCCACCGGUCUCUCUACUGCUCCCGCCCCUUCGCUCCUCCGCCUGGCCAUGGGCACCCGCGACGACGAGUACGACUACCUCUUCAAAGUUGUCCUUAUUGGAGAUUCUGGUGUUGGAAAGAGUAAUCUCCUGUCUCGAUUUACUCGAAAUGAGUUUAAUCUUGAAAGCAAGAGCACCAUUGGCGUAGAGUUUGCAACAAGAAGCAUCCAGGUUGAUGGGAAAACAAUAAAGGCACAGAUAUGGGACACAGCAGGGCAAGAGCGAUACCGAGCUAUAACAUCAGCAUACUAUCGUGGAGCUGUAGGUGCCUUAUUGGUUUAUGACAUUGCUAAACAUCUCACAUAUGAAAAUGUGGAACGAUGGCUGAAAGAACUGAGAGAUCAUGCUGAUAGUAACAUUGUUAUCAUGCUUGUGGGCAAUAAGAGUGAUUUGCGUCAUCUCAGGGCAGUUCCUACAGAUGAAGCAAGAGCUUUUGCAGAAAAGAAUGGUUUGUCAUUCAUUGAGACAUCUGCUUUAGACUCUACAAAUGUAGAAGCUGCUUUUCAGACAAUCUUGACAGAGAUAUACCGCAUUGUUUCCCAGAAGCAAAUGUCAGACAGACGUGAAAAUGACAUGUCUCCAAGCAACAAUGUGGUUCCUAUUCAUGUUCCACCAACCACUGAAAACAAGCCAAAGGUGCAGUGCUGUCAGAACAUAUAAGGAUUUUCUUUUCUCCCCUAGAAGAAUGUGUAUAGUUCAAUUCCCAGGUCUGAGAUUUAAAUAUAUUUGUAAUUCUUGUGGUCAUUUUUGUUUUAUUACUUCCUCAUACUUAUGAAUUUUUCCAUGUCUUAAGUCUUUUGAUUUUAGCUUUAUAAAAUCAUCCACUUGUCCCAAAUGACUGCAGCUUUUUUUCAUGCUAUGGCUUCACUAGCCUUAGUUUAAUAAACUGAAUAUUUGGAUUCCUCAAUUAUUGUUUACUUUUCAUCAUGGAAGCUGUCACUGUAGGACAUAAUAGAACUUGAUCCCUUGAAGCUUAGACCUAUCAGUCUUGAUUAAAUCAAACUAAGAAGACUCUGGAAAUAAGCUAUCAUUUUGCCACAGAGCAGCUUAUAAUUAACACACUCUUCUCUCACUUGCAGUGUGUAUUUCCAUGAAUCUAAGGAUUGCCCUAUAAACAUAGCAGAAUUUUGAGAGCUUGAAAAUUUUCCAUUAUUCUGGAAGUCAAUUUCUAAAAUGCCUUAAUAGGGUUAUGUAGUUUAGUAAAUUUUAUUUUUUAAUUUUUGUAAACAUCAAAGUUGACUAGAGAGGGGGGACACUUUUUUUCUGGAUAAGAAUUAUCUUAACACAAAAGACUGAUGAUUUCAGUAGCAGUAUGGUUAUGGGGCCAUAUGUUAAAACAGUACUGCCUGGCAGGCUGGGAACUGGAGCGACUGGUGGAAUUCCAUCCUGAGGUGCCUUUAUUACAGUGAUCAGGCAGCCCAAGUCAUUUAACUUAUCUAAUUUCCCAGCAGUAGAUCAUGUGGCAUUUUAUUGCUCAGGCAAUAACUGGUUUAAUGCUUAGUAUCUGAUGGUGAAGUGUUAAUUUUGUUUUAAAACUUUCCAGUAAAUGAAAUGCAACCUAGUUUUAUCACCAUAUCUACCAGCAGGCAUGGAUAAUUAUUUAAUUAAGGCUGAUUUUUUUAGUUUUGCAGUAUAUUACGGAAUAUAGUCCAGUUAAAUAUCUGGUUUCAGUUUGUCUAAAGAAUACAAUGAGAGGUUAACUUCUGCUCAAGUGGUACCACUUAAAGGCAUGUAUUCUUUUAGUACGUAAGUUGAAAUAGUACCUUGAAUUAAAUAGUACCUUGAAUUUAAAUAGAAUGCAUUUAGGCAUUGUACAAACCUGAAAGUUUUCUUCCACUACAUUAUUGAAAUCAAUGGAGCAACUUGUUUCUCAUUCACAAAUGUGCACACUAAUAUUUAGUUUUAUUUUCUUGUGGAUAAUAUUAAGCACUUAACUCUGCAGUGUUCUGAAAGUUGUGUCAACUGAAGUGAUACUAUUCAGGAUGGUGGAAUAUCCCCAAAGUAUACAUGUGUGUGGGCUUGCAUAGAUUACUAUGUUUCAUAGUUAAUCUUCUGUCUUUUGCGGUGCUCAUGACGUGUGGGGUGCACGGAAGGCAUUGCCUUGGUCAGUCAUUUUAGUUUUCUUCUGUAGCCAUUUUAUUAUUUUAGUGUAUUGGUUAUGAAGAUACUACUAUCUAUUUGUAAAUCGCUACUUUGUAUUUUAUGCAUGCUCUGUAACUUGAUUUUUUUUUUUAGUUAUUGAUUUGGAAUAUAUUCACAUUCUAAUAAACAGUUAUAGGGGGACUAUUCUUUAUGUUGUCAGAUUAUAUUUUUCCUUUGAGUACUUUGAAUGUAGCCAUGGAAUAUUUGAUUCUAAUGAGUAAGAGAAUAGGUCCUUUGAUUCAGAGUAAACAAUUGAAUUGGAGGCAUCAUUGUGUGAAUUUAGCUUUGAUUAUAGACAUGUAGUUCAGUUGUGCUGUUCUUGGAAAAAGCAUUACCAAAAACAUUAGGAAGCUAAUCUCUGUACUUGGAUAUGUAACAGUGUCAGCAGACCCAAGAAAAGGCUCCAUCACUAUUUUACUCAAAAUUGGUAGUAUAUUUUUUACAAAAUUAUUUAAGAGAAGGAGAAACUAGGUAGUAAGUUGAAAAUGAAUACAGUAACUGAAUAUUUACUAAAUGUAGACUUCAUGUUGCUUUGGGCACGGUUAGAUCUUGGGAGAAUUCCAAGAAACCUUAAGUAGUAGUAGAAAAUGGAUUUGAUUGCAUUUCAAUGAAUGUCUUCAUUCUAAAUAGUAUCUCGGGAGACAGACUGUCUCAAGUCUUUAAGAAACAUUACGUUUUUAAACAUAAUGACAAUUUAAGGCUCAAGGUAGUUUAGAAUUAUUUUGCUUUUUGACCUUGCUUUUCAGUUAUUUUAAUUUUGAAUUUUUUUUUAACCUGUUGUCCUUGAAAGGCAAAUCCUUAACUUGAUUUAAACUUCUAUGUCAUUGUUCUUAAAUUCUAUUUAUGAUUUCUAAUAGUAGUUGUUACUCUGUAAGGGUAAGUUUCUUUUGCCAUUGCUUUGAGCAUGGUAAAUUCUAAGAAGGAGUGCUAGCUGAUGACUUACGCCAGAGGGUUCUGUAGAAAAGUUAGACUUAAGAGUUUGGAUUGCCCCUCAGAGCUAGUCAUAUUUAUUUCAUCAUUAGGGAAAUAAACAUCUUAAUUUUUGUCAUCAGUGAUUUGUAUUAAGGAAAUAAAAAUGCUCUUGGUGGUUCGAA